UCACGCGAGACUUAGGUGUGGUGUGAAGCACUACACAAAAUGGCGAAGAUUGAUUUUCAAACACUUGAGUGACAGACGAUAUUUAUUUGUAUAUUAUUUAAAAAAUCACAAUGGCAGAUGUUGAGGUGGAUUUAGCAAAGCUUCCUCAAGACAUAAAUGAACAAUUGCGCGAGCUUGAACUUGAAUUAUCAGAGGGUGACAUCACACGAAAAGGCUAUGAUAAGAAAAGAUCACGUUUGCUGAACCCUUAUGUCAACAAAAGUCCACCUCAACAACCUUCUGGGCAAAAUGCACCCAGUCCAAAAACAGCUGCAAACAGAAAAGAGGCCAGGAGGGUCACAAGGGAAGACAACAGAUAUCAUUCAGAAGUGCGAACGGAAGCAGUGAUGCAGGCUCUAGCUCAGUACAACAAAAGGGUACCAGUGAUGCCAUUACCUUCAAAACGUACAUCAGUUAAUUAUAAAGGCCAAGAACGUCAAAGACAUGAAUCUUCAUCUGAUGAUGACAGUAUAUUCGGUGAAGACCAGAAUCGUGAUUUUCUACGAGGUGGGAGGUUACGUGAUAGUGGUGCUAGUUCGUCUUCCUACUCUGACCAUUCCCCUCACCACCAGGGGCGUGACCAAAGACCACAAAGUGCAAUGUUCUUUUUACCUGGCAACACCUCUAGGGCUGUAUCAGAUGUCCACCAUUCCAGACAUUCACAACCAAUUUCACAACCACCUGAUGUAACCAACAAUGCAAAGAGUAUGAGACAAGCCGAUCGUGUCGGACCCUACGCUGCCUCACAUGUCUCAUCUGUAAGGAUGACUAAUACAGGCACUGUGACUGGGAUGGAGGAUGCUAAUGGCUCAAGACACCAAGGAAAAGUUUCUGCCAAGAUUCAACAAUUGCUCAACACAUUAAAAAGACCUAAAAGAAAACCAUUAAAAGAAUAUUUUGUAGAGGAUGAUGAAGCUUUAGAAGCUCCAGUUCCUGACCCCAAUGCACCAAAACCAGAAGGAAACAUUCUUACACCAGUUGCUGGUGAACAGUUAAAUACCCCCUCAGGAUUACCCAGAAAUCUGGAGGCAGCAUUACAGAGAUAUGGUUCUUCUACAUAUAAAGCUAAUGCUGUUACUGUCCUGGACCAAAGUGGAAAACCGUCAUUAAAUUUAACCUAUGGAAAAUUAUUAAACCGUACACAGAAAAUUGCUUAUUGUUUAUUACAUAAAACUGGACAGAAAAGUGGAGAUGGAGCUGUCAAACCAGGAGAUAGGGUUGCCUUAGUUUACCCAAACAAUGACCCAAUAUCAUUUAGCUGUGCUUUCUAUGGUUGUUUAGUAGCUGGAGUUGUACCGGUACCAGUAGAAGUUCCUUCGGCAAGACGGUCUAAUCACGCCGUUGUUGACCAUUUAUGGGAUGCUGGAAGUGAAGGGAUUGGGUUCAUGCUAGGAAGUCUAAAUGUACAGUGGGGAUUAACAUCAGAAGCCUGUUAUAAAAGUCUAUCAAAAUCUGCCAGUGGUGAAGUUAGUAGUUUUAAAGGCUGGCCCAAACUGCACUGGUUUAUAACAGACAAUUUAGCCAAACCACACAAAGACUGGCAACCUCCGCCUAAAGUCUCAGAGGAUAUUCCUGCUUAUGUAGAAUAUACACAAGGAAAAGAUGGAAGUACUAUGGGAGUUACAGUUACAAGGAGCAGUAUGUUAUGUCACGCAAGAACGCUUACAGUGGCAGCUAAUUAUACAGAAGGUGAAGUGAUGGUUUGUGUAUUAGACUUUAAACGUGAAUUGGGAUUGUGGCAUGGGAUUUUAUGUAGUGUAUUUAAUGGCAUGCAUGUGAUAUUUGUUCCCUAUUCUCUGAUGAAAGUUGAUCCUGCCUCAUGGAUGAAAAUGGUCACCAAAUAUAAAGCUUCAGUUGCAAUAGUGAAGUCUAGAGACAUGCACUGGGGUCUGUUAGCACAGAAAGAUCAUAAAGAUAUAAACUUUAGUGCUUUACGUCUCUUACUGGUGGCCGAUGGAGCUAACCCUUGGUCUCUUACUUCCUGUGAUGCUUUCUUUAAUGCGUUCCAAAGCAAAGGACUAAAAUCUGAUGCAAUCUGUCCAUGUGCCACUUCUGUAGAGGGCCUUACAGUUUCUGUGAGAAGGCCUGGGAGAACAAGUGCUAGUGCAACAGGUCGUGGUAUUUUAUCUAUGUUAGGGUUAAGUCAUGGUGUGGUACGAGUGGACAGUGAAAAUAGUUUAACUUCUUUAACACUCCAGGAUUGUGGUCAAGUUAUGCCAGGAGCUGUGAUGAUUGUGAUAAAAGUUGAUGGGUUACCAUAUCUCUGUAAAACAGAUGAAGUCGGAGAGUUGUGUGUCUGUGCUGGUUACACAGGCAGCAAUUACUGGGGUCUACAGGGAGUCACCAGUAAUACUUUCCAGAUACAGCCUCUAAACAAUGAUGGACGACCUAUAGGAGACAAAUUAUAUGUACGGACAGGGUUGUUAGGAUUCCUAGGACCGGGUGGUUUAGUAUUUGUUUGUGGUAGUAAAGAAGGUCUGAUGCAGGUAUCAGGGCGACGGCAUAAUACAGACGAUAUAAUAGCAACAGUAUUGGCAGUAGAACCAAUGAAAUUUAUUUACCGUGGACGAAUUGCUGUGUUUUCAAUCAAUGUACUUAAAGAUGAGCGAAUUGUGAUCGUGGCAGAACAGAGACCUGACUGUUCAGAGGAAGAGAGUUUCCAAUGGAUGAGUAGAGUUUUACAAGCCGUAGAUAGUAUACAUCAAGUUGGGGUCUUUUGUUUGUCUCUAGUCCCUCACAAUUAUUUGCCAAAGACUCCACUGGGUGGUAUACAUUUACAUGAAACAAAGAAAAGAUUUUUAGAAGGAAGCUUACAUCCUGCAAAUGUGCUCAUGUGUCCUCAUACAUGUGUUACAAAUCUACCAAAACCAAGAGAAUUCAAACCAGAUGUGACGCCCUCAGCAGUCCAUGUUGGUAACAUUGUACAGGGGGCAAGGAUGGCGUGGGCUCAAGGGAGAGAACUUACAUCUUCAGACGAAGAGACAGAUAAUGCUAAAAAGCACCAGUUUUUAACAGAGAUUUUACGAUGGAGGUCACAGUCCACACCUGAUCAUAUAUUAUUUACGAUGCUCAAUUCUAAGAUUCAAGGGAAAUGGCCUUACCAGAUUCAGCCUCAGUUACAAAUGACUUGUUCACAGUUACAUAAGAGAGCAGAAAGAAUAGGUUGUAUGUUAAUGGAAAAAGGGAGACUGAAUACUGGAGAUCAUGUUGCUCUGAUUUACUCUCCAGGGAUAGAAUUAAUAGCAGCUUUCUAUGGUUGUUUAUAUGUGGGUUGUGUUCCCGUGACGAUACGACCGCCCCACCCACAGAAUAUUGCCACAACAUUACCAACAGUUAAAAUGAUAGUUGAAGUCAGCAAAGCAUCAGCUAUAUUAACCAGUUCUAUGGUACUGAAGCUGAUGAAAUCAAAGGAAGCAACAUCUAUAGUGGAACCAAAGUCAUGGCCUUCAUUUAUAGACACAGAUGAUUUAACCAAGAAAAAAAUACAAGUGGUUUACCGAGCACCUACUCCAGAAAUGAUUUGUUAUCUGGACUUUAGUGUUUCUACUACUGGGAUGUUAGCAGGUGUUAAGAUGUCUCAUGCUGCUGCAACUGCCCUUUGCAGAGCAAUCAAACUUCAAUGUGAAUUUUACCCUUCAAGGGACGUAACUCUGUGUUUAGAUCCAUAUUGUGGAUUAGGUUUUGUUUUAUGGUGUCUCACUAGUAUAUAUUCAGGUCAUCAUUCCAUACUGAUAGCUCCGUCAGAAGUAGAAACAAAUCCAGCCGUGUGGCUGACUGCUGUUAGUAAUUAUAAAGUUCGUGAUACAUUUUGUUCAUAUGGUGUGAUGGAGUUGUGCACCAGAGGAUUAGGAACAUCUACAGCCACAUUAAAGGCUCGUGGUGUCAAUUUAUCAUGUGUUCGUACCUGUUGUGUGAUAUCAGAGGAACGUCCAAGGAUCCAGUUGACCACAUCUUUCACAAAGUUAUUUGCCAAUCUUGGUCUUUCUCUGAGAGCUGUCAGUACAAGUUUUGGUUGUAGGGUAAACUUAGGCAUGUGCUUACAAGGAGCAUCAUGUCCUAAUUGUACCACAGUAUAUGUAGAUAUGAGAGCCCUCAGGAACGAUAGAGUUACUUUGGUGGAGAAAGGAAGUCCUCAUAGUCUUUGUGUAAUGGAGUCUGGCAAGCUUCUGCCUGGAGUAAAAGUUGUGAUAGCUAACCCGGAUACAAAAGGACAGUGUGCAGAUUCACAUUUAGGAGAGAUCUGGGUGCACAGCCCCCAUAAUGCAGCAGGAUAUUCCAGUAUCUAUGGUGAUGAUUCCCUUCAUGGUGACCAUUUCGAUUCCCGUUUAGCUACAGGAGAUAUCCAUACAUCCUAUGCCAGGACGGGUUAUUUGGGAUUUGUCCGCAGAACAGAUCUGACACAAAGUGAUGGAGGUCGCCAUGAUGCUAUUUUUGUUGUUGGAUCAUUAGAUGAGACUGUGAUGUUGAGAGGAAUGAGAUACCAUCCCAUAGAUAUAGAAACCAGUGUUCUACGUUCUCAUAGGAAAAUCUGUGAAUGUGCUGUGUUUACAUGGACUAAUCUAUUAGUGGUUGUAGUGGAGCUGGAAGGACAUGAAAAUGAGGCUCUUGACCUUGUUCCCUUGGUUACAAAUGUGACAUUAGAAGAACAUUAUCUAAUAGUUGGUGUUGUUGUUGUUGUUGAUCCCGGUGUCAUACCCAUCAACUCCCGAGGAGAGAAACAACGAAUGCAUCUACGUGACGGUUUCCUCGCUGACCAACUGGACCCCAUCUAUGUCGCCUAUAAUAUGUAAUGACACCAUCUUUGUCACCUAUUAUAUAUAACAUUACGAAGAAAUCAUCAUUAACAUACAAGAUUUCACCCGUCUUGCACUUUGUUCGUUAUGGUUGAUUAGUCUCUUAUGUUGAAGCUUACAAACAUGCUAGCUGUCAUUAAAAGCGUGCAGAACACAGAAAGCUUAAAGAAAAAGAAUUCUGGCUAUAGUUUCUGCACAGUGUAUUUCAAAUACACAAAGUCUUUAAAAAAACAUCCCAUUCUUCAAUAUAGUAGAUCUGAAGUUCAGCAUAUUAUUUCUGUAUUAACUUUGCAGGUGUGAUGAGAGUUAAUUCCCUUUGUCAUACUUCCUGUUAGGAAAAUAUUGCAAUGCAAUCCCACCUAAAUGUUAUCAUUCCCUGAUCAUUGUUAUCAAAUGUAAUUUAGUUUGCAUGCGUAGGCAGAUUUUAGAUAAUAGGAAAAUGAUAUAGAAAUGUUAAAACAGAUAGUUUAGGAUAUCUUAUAAAGAUUUUAUUGCCAUUCUGAUUUUAAACCUUACAUUUGUAUUCUGUUGAAGAGGAUUGGUACACUGAUGAAUAAUGAUUAUGGAAUUUUAGUAAUCAGAAUACAUGUACGUGUAAGAGGCCAGUAUGUAAGAAUUGUGUACAGUCUGAAGGUUAUGACAAAUUCGUGAUAGAAUAUAAUUUCAAGAAACAGUAUUGUUAAGAAUUUGGGCAUUUUGUUUUUGCUUUAUUUUCUUGUAACUUUUGAAACUUCUUUUUGACAAGAAAUUAGUACUGCAAACCAGUUCAUAAGAAUCAAUAAUGCUGAGUUUAUAUAAAAAAAAAAAAAAAGUUUUGAAAAAAGUUUGUCGCGAGUAAAACAUUAUUUUUUCAUACAUCACAGGAAUGAAAAGUUAUCUUCAUUUGUGAAGAAAAGAGAAAGAGUAUGUAUAAAAGAUAUCUAAUCUGUACUAACCAAUACAGUUGUUAUUCAGUUUACUGCUUUUCAACGAUGAAGCUAUUAUGUAUUAACCCAAAAAUAAAACCAAGAAUUUUAUAAUAUGUUUACUGAGUUUUGUUAUCCACACAGAAAUAGUGCUUUAGUUUAAUAUAUUUGUUUUUGUUUUGUGUAUAAUUUGUUAAAACUUAUGUAUAAUAAGGUAAUGCUAUUUUUUGAAUUUCUUUUUUUCGUUUUUAUUUUUUUAAAACUUAUAUAAACUUGUUCAGAUUUGGAAAAUACUAACAGGGAAGAAGAUAAUAAUAUUAUACAAUAAAGAUGAGGUCCUAAAUUUGUCUGGGUCCAAUGUCCUUGACCCAUUUAUGUUCGAAAAAGACCUCUCAUACCUUUGAAUAGGAAGUCCAAUCGAAAACUGUUUUGGUUGAAUAAUAACAAUAUAUAAAAGACCAUAUUUUAUUUGGGAUUUAUAAUUCUUUGGUUACUAAUAAUGGUGGAUAAAGGUGAACCACACAAGUUAAGUAUUCAACAAAAAACAAAUUCUCUCUAGGCUUGUAUAAAUAUUUUGUUAAAAACAUGAAACCAAGUAUCAACAAAUAUUCAAUUUAUCCUAAAUUAACAGAAAUUUGUAUUAACAAAACAUAAA